AUGGCGUCCGACGGGCGCGUGGAGCGGAUCGCCUCCACCAUCCGCGUCAUCCCCGACUUCCCCAAGCCAGGUCCGAUCUGGUCGGUGCUCACUGGCGGCGGCGGCGGGUUGCGAUCUAUGUCGGGAGUCCCUGUAGCAGCAUACAUGUUUAGAGAACUGAGUGCUUUGAUCCAACUUGACACGAAGGCGUCGAGCCGGGUUGAUCUUAGAUGGGCUCAAGGAUGCCUGACAGCCUGCACCACAUUGGGCCUCCUGAGGAGCCAUACACAUGUCAGGAACUAUAGCAGUCAGCUUUCAGGUCUUAUUCCAGCUGGUCCCCAAAGCUCAAAGCUGACAAGAAGGCACUAUUACUUCCCAAAUGCCUCUCCUUACCAACCCUGGAGUAGGUCAUUUGCAUCAGACAGUGGAGAAAAGUUUGAAGCUGUUGUACCUUUCAUGGGUGAAUCUGUAACUGAUGGAACUCUUGCUACCUUCUUAAAGAAACCCGGUGAUAGAGUUGAGGCUGAUGAGGCCAUAGCUCAGAUUGAAACUGAUAAGGUCACCAUUGAUGUUUCUAGUCCUGAAGCUGGUGUUCUUGAAAAGUAUGGAACCCCAAACUGGCCCUUAUGCAAAGUUUGUGUCUUUUGA